GCCGCUGUUCCAGAACGACGCCAUCCCAUAAAUCCGGGUGUGCGGCGCUCUCUGCGGUUUGUCACAUCAUGCCUCUGCCUCGACGCCGCUCUUCGUUCUUGGGACAACCGUCCUGUGAGCGCUCGGCCUCAUCCUCCUGUGGCCGUGUCACCUCGUCUGUCACUGGGGCGCCACGCGGCGUCUACGUGGGGUCCGCCCCUCUCAUGGGCGGGGCCUCCGGUCUGGGUACAAGGGCGCGUCGCGCUCUGGGAAUCAGCAGUGUCUUCCUGCAGGGCAUGAGGAGCGUUUCUGCACCCGUUGUGCCACGGGCUGGUGAACGGACGGCAGUCAGGGCGGCGGUGGUGGCGGAGCGGGCGGUCUUAACAGCUGAUGGAGUACAGGACAAAGUCCGCGCUCUGGAGCAGCUGAACCAGCAGCUUGAGGAGCAGAUCCGCCGCCUCGACCGCAAAGCGUCCAGCGCCGGCGCCUGGGCGCUCCGGAGGGACUGGGAGGACGUCUACAGACAGGUCAGUGAAGCCAUCCUGGACAACGCCCGGCUUAUGCUGCAGACGGAGAACGUUCAGGCCAACGCUGAGGACUUCAAGGACAGGUAUGAGAACGAGCAGCCGUUCAGGAAGGCGGUGGAGGAGGAGAUCAGCUCACUGUACAAAGUCAUUGACGACGCCAACCUGACGAAGGCGGAGCUUGAAGAGCAGAUGGAGAACAUGAGGGUGGAGCUACGCAGCCUGGAGCAAAACCAUGAGCAGGACGUACGUGUCCUCUACAGCCAGAUGUCGGGACGAGAGGUGGACGAACCCGACGCUCCCAUCGAAACCAGUCUGGACCAGAUCCUGGCCUACAUCCGGAACCACUGGGAGAAGGUGACGGAGAGGAACCGGGCUGAGACCGACAGCUACCUGGACUGUAAGGAGGCGCAGUGUGUGAGCAGCAGGCUGAGUCCAGAGGAGGAGCAGGUGGAGGCGCUGAAGGCCGAGUGCAGCGACGCCGGCGCUAAGAUCCAGAGUCUGCAGGCGGAGAUCGAGUCCAUGAGGGCGCUGAAGCGUGGUCUGGAGAACUCCCAGAGCGACGCCCGGCACUGGCAUGACAUGGAGCUACAGAACCUGGGCUCUGUGGUCGCUAAGCUGGAGGCGGAGCUUGGAGACAUCCGUGGAGAGAUUGAGCAGCAGCGACGUGACUAUGACACCCUGCUGAGCAACAAGCAACGGCUAGAGCAGGAGAUUGGAAUGUACCACGGAAUUCUGGACGGAGAGAACCGCUUCCAGCCUGCAGAACCGUCCUUUUCAGAUCUGCAGUCUCAACCUGAAGGAGAUGCUCCAGGAUCCUGGACCAACCCUCCAGGACCUGCUGGAUCCACCCCUGGAGAUCCAGGACCUGCUGGAUCCACCCCUGGAGGUCCAGGACCUGCAGGACCUGAGGGACAGUGAGCUUUUGGAGCCUCUGUGGACCUGACGUGGUUUGAACCUGUUGAGGUGAUGCUGUAAACCUGCAGCAGAGGUCCACCAGUACCCAUGAGCCUCUGCUGCUGUUGCUGUGGAGAAGACCGAGGUGUGGAUCUUUGCUGUAGAAGUAAACUCUACACCCGAUUGGUCCAACUGAAAAGAUCAGAAACCUGUCUGUUUGUCAGUUUUCUUCAGUGUCAGAGUAAAGACAAUAGAGGAAACACCCAAAGCAUUCUGGGAAAUCCAGAACAUCUGGUCAGGAGGAAAAACCACAUCUAAUUAAUCCUGCGUGGUGACCCCGCCCUGGGAAAGGUCAGGGUUUGUGCAUCAACAUCCAACCUGGUUUGGUCCAAGUUCACAUGUAGAGGUCUUGAGGAGGUCCCGGUCCCGGUCCCGGUCCAGCAAUGACGGAGGUCACCACUUUAGAGUAGGUUCAAGUCCUAAAAAAGGCCGAAGCCGGGGAGAGACGCUUGAACAUUUGGAGACUCUGCUGUGAUCGGUUCUUUCAUCAGUUUGUUCCUUGUUGACGGCGUCUCCGCAGAUCCAGGUCCACACAGGGUCCGACAGCCAAUGAGGUCUGAAAGGGUCCUGAACAUGGGUCUGACAGGACCUUGUACCAGAAAACCCAAUAAAUUCAUUGAGUUU